CAUUGCCAAAAUAGCAAAAACGUAUCAUUAUUAACAUUUGCAAAACCUUUCUCUAUAUUUGUGCAACUUUCUUCCUUAUUCUUCUCAUUCAUUCUUUGCACCUUCCAUUGAUUCUCUCACAUUUUUUUUUCUUGGCUCUGGCUCUCGUAGAGCACAUUUUCUUUUCUGCUCCCACCGGCACAUAUCAAGUGUGCAGGGAAGAUGGUAUUCAAUGAAUCACAUAUAUCAAGAUCAUGCAGUACCUUGUCCGAGAAGAAAUUCCAAACACCAUCGCAAGUGUCGCGGAGCGAAAUGGAUGAAGCUGCGCUUAAGUUGCAGAAAGUUUACAAGAGUUUCCGAACAAGGAGGCAACUAGCAGAUUGUGCAGUCCUUGCUGAACAGAGAUGGUGGAAAGUUUUAGAUUUUGCUGAGCUAAAACAUAGUUCUAUAUCAUUUUUUGAGAAGCAGGAGACUGCUGUUUCGCGUUGGUCUAGAGCAAGAACGAGAGCUGCCAAGCUUGGAAAGGGUCUAUCGAAGGAUGAGAGGGCUCGAAAACUUGCUUUGCAGCACUGGCUUGAAGCUAUUGACCCGAGGCAUCGCUAUGGCCACAAUCUUCAAUUCUAUUAUGUUAAAUGGCUCCAAUGUGACAGUUAUCAACCUUUCUUCUAUUGGCUUGAUGUUGGGGAAGGCAAGGAAGUGAGUGAUGAGAGAUGUUCAAGAUCAAAACUUCAGCAGCAAUGCAUCAAGUAUUUGGGUCCAGUGGAAAGAAAGAUUUAUGAAGUGGCUAUUGAGGAUGGAAGACUAUUUUAUAAGCAAAGUGGGGAAUCUAUUAAUACAACAAGAGAUAUAAAGUGGAUUUUUGUGCUUAGCACAUCAAAGACAUUAUAUAUUGGGCAGAAGAACAAGGGUACAUUUCAACAUUCAAGUUUCUUAGCAGGUGGUGCUACACUAUCUGCUGGUAGAUUAGUGGUGGAUGAUGGUGUUAUUAAGGAAGUUUGGGCUCACAGUGGACAUUAUCUCCCAACAGAGGAAAAUUUCCAGGAAUUCAUGUCAUUCCUUGAGGAGCAUAAUGUGAAACUCACAGAUGUAAAGAAACACGGAAUAGACCAUGAAGAAGAAGAUAAAGCCAAAACGAACAACGGAAUUUGCUUGGGAGACAAUCCUUUAGAGGCAGAGUUAACUUCAGCCCAAGAACUAGUACUACCUGACAUGGAAAAUGAAGAUUGUAAUGCUGAGUUAAAUUUUCAUGCACCCUUGUCAAGAUUGACAUCAAAACUAGGAUCAGAAAUGGACAAUGUGUCUGACAAUAUUGUAGAGCAAGUAUACACGCCUAAUGGCGACGAUCCUUCUCUAGAAGAAAGUGGCUAUGGGACAGCAGAAGAGUCCUUUACUGAUGAGGAGGAAUUCAUGGUUCCGAAAUCCCACUUGUUUGAAGAACAAGAAGAGGAAGAGAAUGAAAGACAUAUCCCAAAAGAAAACAUAAUGAAGAGAAUAGAUUCACACAAAGGAAUGAAGUCAUGUCAAUUGGGCAAUCACUUAUCCACUGAAUGGAGAACAGGUUCUGGUUCAAGAAUUGGUUGCUUGAGAGACUACCCUGCAAAGCUUAGUUUUAGGAUUCCAGAGCAUCAACAUUUGUCUCCAAGGAGAGGAAGAACUACUCCAUCUCAUAGUGUCUUACAAGCAUUUCAUUUAAGCCUUGCACAUCUAGAUUUUGUCCAUGCAAUUUCUGCAGCUGAUGUUGAGAGUCCUAAUUCCAACACAUUCAGGCCAAUUGCUAGCCUAUGAAUUAAUAAGGUUGCUUCUAUUAGGAACCAUCAUCUGGUUAGAGAAACUAGAAUAGGAAUUCUUUGGCAAUUUGAGGCCUCUGUUCUUUUUGAAUGAGGCUAUUGUAAUGUUUAUUAGUUUAUAACUUUAUAUAGUUUCUGUAGGUCGUGUGAAUGAGAAGAGCUUGCAUAUUAUAAUUCUCAUUUAGAAGAGAUUAAUAUACUCCCAAUAUCAUUAUUGUUAGAAACAAUAGCCCAAACUGGAGAAAGGAUUGUUUAUUCUUGAGUUGUGUAGAAUGAUA